AGAAGCCUAAAUUGCAGGGCCAUUUUAAUUUGUCAAAAUUGAGAAAAGAAAACAUUGUUUUUGUGAAGAAUUUAUUUUUCUCAGUUAAACGCACGUUAAUGUGAAUAGGGAAUUGUGAAAAAUGAGUGGUUUAACAGCAGGAUUGAACCCUAUUCAGAGUACGGCAGGAGCAGUCCCCGUACGCAAUGAAAAAGGUGAAAUCUCCAUGCAGAAGGUCAAGGUGCAGAGGUAUAUCUCGGGAAAACGCCCAGAAUACGCCACGUAUGACAGUUCCGGAGAGGAAAGUGAUGAGGGAGACUUUGUUGAUACACGUAGAAAUCUUCUGGAAACACGUCCAAUUGAAACCUACGAAUCUUCCGGAAGUACUACAAAGUACACUACUACGGAGAUCAAUGAUCCAAGACUCAGGAGAAUCAAUGCAGCUGCCAGUGAGCCAAGAGAACGACGACGACACAUCUCAGAGUCAGAAGAGUCAGAGGAAGAAGAAAAAGAGGAGGAAGAACAUGGUCAAGUGAAUCGGAUUCACGUGUCUGGGAGCUCAGACAGUGAAUCCGAUGCAGAGUUGAGUGACACUGAGAUUGAGAGGCGUCGGCAGAUGUUGCGAAAGAGAAUGUUGCAGCAGCAGAAAGAGGAAGAAAUCCUGCAGUUUGAGGAAGAAAAGGCCGAAUCAUCAGGAUCAGAGAGUUAUGAAAGUGAGACGGAGAGUGAGGAUAUGGAAGACAAUGAACCCAGGCUGAAGCCAUUGUUUGUCCGGAAGCGUGACAGGACAACAAUCAUUGAGCGAGAGAAGGAACAGAAUCAGGAGCGUCAGGUUGAGUAUGAACAGAAGAAGAACCUCAAACAGCGACGGAGGCAGACAUUGAAGCUAGUGGAGGAGUGUAUCAAGGCUGAUUUGGCCAAACCCAAGAGUGAUAAGCAAGAACCAAGUCUGGAGGAUGUCUGUACAGAUGAUGAGAAUGAUGAGAUUGAGUACGAGGCAUGGAAACUCAGGGAGAUCAAGCGUAUUAAGCGUGAUCGUGAGGAACGUGAAGCAAUUGAGAAGGAACGUCUAGAGGUCGAUCGUAUGAGGAAUAUGACGGAGGAAGAACGCAAACAGGAAUUGCGAAUGAAUCCACGUCAAGUAACAAAUAAAAUUGCAAAGGGCAAGUACAAAUUCCUGCAAAAGUACUACCAUCGUGGAGCUUUCUAUUUGGAUCAGGAAGAAGAUGUCCUGAAGCGAGACUUCUCGAGUGCCACUCUCGAAGAUCACUUUGAUAAGACAAUCCUGCCAAAGGUGAUGCAAGUGAAGAAUUUUGGACGCUGUGGACGUACCAAAUACACCCAUCUUGUGGAUCAGGAUACUACACAAUUUGAUUCCCCGUGGUACAGUGAUACCACCACAAAUGUCAAGUUCCACACUGAAAGGGCUGCUGCCAGCAAGCAAAUCUUUGAGAAGCCCAGCCUCAGCAAAAGGAAGAAGAUGGACUAGAUGAGCUGUGAUUCAUUUUACGGAUAAAUGGGUCCAUGGCUUCUUUUUUGCCCUCACAUUCACACUUUUAUCGCUUGAGGAUACUGAUAAAAGUGUCCCUUGGAAUGGAGAUGUUUGCAAUGGAGCGCAUCUUCUUUUUGCCCUCAGCCUGCUGACGAAGUAGCUUCAUGCGACGCGUCACAUCGCCACCGUACUGCAAAAAAUCAGAGACAAAAACAAACAAAAAAACAAAGAGUUCAAUGAGGGUUUCUCUUCAGGAUCAACCUUCAGGUAUUUUUCUCUCCCUCUUUAUACACUUCCAAAUCCUCCCUAACCCCCAAAAACUUUUUUCCGUCGCGUCCGGAACACCCGUCUCGUUUUAUUCUCAUCAAUUUUGGAAAUAUCUUAUUUUUUGGAUGAAAAAUAUGCGCCAAAUAAAAGAGGUUUCUCACAAAAAA